AUUACCAAAAUGGCUGCCGUUGUUUUGUUGCCGCAGGAUAUUCACCUGUUUCUGAGGCCAGUCUUGUUUUUACGUGCAUGUUUGUUGUCUGGUUGAAGAUAGAGAGGCAUCUUAUGUUUUCCUGAUGUUUGGUUUAAGGUUUGAGGGUGCAUUUUUCACCUCAAACCCGAAGGCGUUGGGUUGCGAGGCCGGUUUGAAGAACGCCCCCCUCCCAGCUGUAACCACAUAUUUUUAUUGUCUUGAGAAAAGUUUCUCGGGUGGUCCAGUCAAAUUAUAGGCAAUUAUAUAAGUAGCCGACGUUUUCAAUGGAUCAGAAGAGAGUUGACUCAACUGUUAUGGAGGCCUGGAAGGCCUUCAGGGCUGAGCAAGGUGGGACGUCAAGCCAGGACUCUGAAAAGAAGAAAAAACUGGAGAGGUUCUUGAAGCUUCUUCUUGUCCAGGCUGAGAAACAGGAGUUGUACUUUCUGAAUGACCAGGAGCAGUCUUGGGACUCCGGUACGGUGUGUAACGUCCUUGCCCAGGAGUUCCUGAGUGACGUACACGAGUGCUGCAGCGCGGAGGAUGGGGAGAAGACGCUGGUGUCCUACCUGCUGUCAGGAAACGGCUGUCUGCUGGUCCAGGCACUGAACAUCCUCCCGCUACAGGGGUUAUCAUGUGGUUCUGACUUGUGCAGCCUGCUGGUUUCCCUUCUCCCGCUCCUGGUGCGAGUUCCUCUCCCGACGUCCCAGCCUGAGUCAGAUGUUUUCUUGGAGGACAUUGAUUCCUGCCUCCAUCCACUGAAAGUGCACUUCAGGAGAAAGAACCGGUCAAAGAAAAACUUCAGCUGGAAAGACUACUUUGAAAACAAUUCAUCAGAAGUGAAAAAUGAGCCACGGACAAGAAAGGGUCUCUCCUCAAGGAGACUGCGACAUUUGAAGCAGUGGUCAAGAGACGAGGAUCCCAGUGCCGACCAGGAAAACUCCAGUGUCGAAUCUGACACAGAAGGGUCAGAAAUGUACAGCCGGAGCAAGUCCUCUGUUGUGGAACAUGAAAACAUGUGGAUGCACAGUGAUGACACAUUUGGAUUUGAUGGCAACAAUCCUCUGACUACCCCGAGAAUCAUUGCUGGCAAGAUUUCCCCUGACAUGGGAGUAGGAGACAUGUACGAGGAAAGGGACUUCACAUACAAACCAAAAACUAUCAGGCCAGCCUACCACCUCAGUAGGAGGGAUAUCGACAAUGGGCCUGUGGAACAGUGGACGUUUAUGGACAUGUCUGCAUUUGAGCUUUGUCAGGUGCUUUUGUCUUUGCUGGAAAAACUCAGUCACAGUGAGCUGGCUCACGGAACCUACGGGAGUAAUCCAGCAAGCACGGUAUUGCACCAGCUAACACACAUGAUGGCAUCUCUUAGCCAAAGUCUUUAUAAAGAGACCGGGAACACAGCAGGGAUGGUAGAUGAAGAAGAAACAGACUUUGUCGACGGUUGGAGUGACGUGGCUACUGCUAGCCUACAGCGCAUGAUCUUGCGUAAUGUCCUGACUUUGUGUAGUUUGAGUUGCACAAAACCGAGUGGUAUUUCAGAGCUGGCAGGCAGUGGGAUCAUUGCUACCCUGCUGGAUGCUGCGAAGGAGGCGCAUAGCAAAAUCAGCAGGAAAGAAGAGGAGACCAAAGCUAGGUCAACUGAUCCAGCUGACACAAAAAACAGCAACGGCGUCCUUAAUGAUGCCAAGGCCAACAACAAUGAUGGAGGAAGUGGGCCAACAUCCUCAUAUUCUACUCAUCAGAAUGGAACGGGUAACGAACAUGACACAAACAUUCUUCUCACCUCAGCCUUAGCCCUCCCAAGUGGGACCAUUCUCCUGGUACACGAGAUCCUGCGGGGGGUCCUCAUGCUGAUUAACAGCAUUGUGCAGACGUUACCCAUCAACCUUACCUUCCUGUCCCAGGCCCUCAACCUGCUCAACGAGUUCUCUGCCAGCAGCGGGUACCAGCUGGUUCUACAGACCAUCUCACAGCUGGAGGAGCUGCUGACACACCUGGGAGAUCCUGCCGAGGCGGGAAGGGUGCGUGACUGCAUUACCUCGCUCAUCACCGCCAUGUUCAAGGUCGUCAUCUCCAUGAAGAAGGCCAAGGUCGACUAUGUACACAUCAUGACGUGCCUGCGGAGGAAGCACAAGCGAUGCGAGUAUGGACGCUACAUUCACCAUCACCAUGACAUCUGUGGAUUGUCCUCCUCCUCCUAUGAACAGUUGGCGCAUACCUUGAAUGACAGUCAGUUCAGCCCCGACAGCCAGUACAUGUCGGGGAGCCAGAUGAACUUUGGCCCCCGGGGUCGGGGGUCGGCAACGAGAUGCUGCAUAGCAGUGGCCAGCGAGACACUCCUACAACUUCUUAGCAACACGUCAUCAAGGUUUAUCCACAUGCGUGUGCUGGCGGGGAUAGACAAUGUGGGUGUGUGCUGCUGCAUGCUGCCCUUCCAGGUGCUGCGGCCUGUCCUGGGCAGCCUGCCCUCCUACCAGCCCAACAUGCGGGCGUACGCACUCAGUGUGCUGAGCCGCAUCCUGCUGGAGCAGCUGGGGGGUAUGGAGCUAAACAGCCUGAGGUAUGAGUCCUGUACGGUGUGUGGAAGCACCACAGUGCCGUCCACACCGGUGUAUGACCUGACAGUCAGCUCUACAGAGUCGACAGCGAGCACCACUGCUACUACAGAGAGUGCCUUCUACAGUAUCACAGACACAGGCAGGACGUUCUGUAUCAUGUCCAAGUGGGAGGCUUUGGGUCAGUACCAGGAGUUGUUGCACCUGGAGGACUCAGGUGUGAGUGUGCAGGUGGCAAGACACCUGUUGCACCUGGUGGCAAAUGCUAACGAAGGUGUCAGGAAAGAGUUCUUCAUACAGGUGUACCUACCAUUGCUACAAGAAGCCCCUGCAGUUUUCCGUGCGUCUGAGCAGAGUGUGAAAGCCGACUCGCCCAGCCGUGCGGUGAUGGAGUGCUGUCUUCUGGCCUUCCCUGUCCUCCUGACCUCCCCGUCUUCUCAGCACCUGUUCCUCAGCUGCGGAGGGGUGCAUCAACUGGCACAGCUGCUGCAUGUGGCCUCUGUCAGACCAGCUGUCUUGCAGGUAUUUGAAGUACUUCUCCAACCAGAUGACCACUGCCACCAGAGCCGUCAGGCGAGCCCUGCCCCGGGAAGUCGCCGCUCCAGCCUGGAAGUUUCUACCAGCUCUCUGUCAUCCAUACACAGCGGUGGUCUUCCCUUUCCUCAUCGGCGGCCCAGCAGUUCUCCCAGGAAGAGGAGUGGCCCCUCCGAUGGACAUAAGAUGUCGGGAAAUGUGGUCACUGUCCUUGUGAAACUAGCCCUGAACAUGGUGUCUGAGACCCAGGCUAGUCAGUCUUUAGUUGACUCCAGUUUAAACCAGACCCCAUGGGACCGUGAGGUGCCAUAUGGGGUAAAUUCGGCUGCUGCAUUGCACAUGAACUUGUUGUUGUCCAGCACCCCUCUCAACGUUGACAAUGUCAGACUCCCGUCAGAUGAGAACCUUGGGAUGGUGGCAGAUGUAUGGAGGACAUGUGGUCAACUGUUCUGCACCAUCCCAACCUUCAGAGACUGUUUCCUGCAGCAGGGUGGGUACACCUGUGCUUCUCACCUGCUGACCUUGACUGUUAACUCCUUCUGCACCAGCGAGUUACAUGAUGGCAGCACGCUGACAGCAUCAACAGCUACUACAGACGUUGUGUCCUCCGAUGACCUUCAGGAAGAGACUGUCUCUCCUGACAUUGACUCCAUUAGUGUCCAAUCUAACCUGACUGAUAGAACUUUGAAGGAUGCAUCCCUGUCUGGUGAAAAGGGAGACUUCUAUUACAUCUUGUCACUGUUUGAGUCGACCCUAGCCAUCUGUUUGAAGACUUCCUCAAGUGUAGCAGCCGCUGGAGGCGCAGAGGAUACCCACAAUGCUGUGAAGCCAAUGACUGUUGACCAGGUGAUCCAGUGCAUCAAGGUGCCACUGCUUCAGUCUGGCCUAGCAUCCUCACCUUACGGCUAUGCGCUGUGUGAUACCCUGCUCAACGCUGCGACUCUGAAGCUCGCCUCUCCAGAUGGGCCACCAGCCAUCCUCACUCUACCUGAUAUGUCACUGGAUGGUAAUGACGAGCUUUUGGAUGAAGACCUGUUCUUGGAGGAGCUUCAGGCAAUAAGCGACACUGGCAGCGAGCAGAGCGACCGCUGGAGUGUGGAAGAAGGCUACGAAGCAGACAGCGAACGUGACAUGGACGACUCCAAGUCUUGUUCCAGACAGCAGAGAUCACUUUCCUCAGUCUCCAUGGAGAUGUUCUCAGACCACGCCCACCCCACUGUCCUGAUGUACCCCCAGCUGUGUUCCUUGACCUUGGACCUGCUGGUGUCCAGCGACAGCGGCUGCAAUGCUAAUGUGGUCUGCCGGGUGCUGGACAGGCUGUGCUGUCUGGUCAAGGGCAGUGAGGCCAACAGUGCUACACUGUACAAGCAGGAUGUGGUGGAAAAACUGCUUAAGGGAUUCAAGUCUGUACUCACAUCAAAGGACGAUUCUUCCAGCCGUGAGCGGACUCUGCUACUGGAACUGUUCAUGGCCCUCUCACAACACACCAUCUCAGCACAGGAGCUCACCAGGUUCUUCGCUCUCUUCCAUGGCAGGGAGUUACCACUGGACUGCCUGUUGUCGACCAUGCUGAAGUUGACCCCCAGCAUGACGGCCCAGCCCUCCCACAUCCUGAGUUUCCCCACCGUCGUCCCCCCCACCCCUAAACCUGACGCCCCUGCCACUGCCAGGCCACAAGGAUCGCCCAAGAGACCUGACACAUUGAACAUUCCUGACAGGGGUGCAGACGGGAAGGCUGGGACAUCCAGUUCAGCAUGGCAAAGGGCUCCUGUACAGAUUCCUAUCAAGAAUAACGUGACAUGGCCGCCUCGUGGACGUGGGCUGAGCCUGUCCAUGUGGCUGCGCCUGGAGAGCGUGUGUCGCACACCGGGACUGAAUGGGGGUAACGGCAGGAGGGGGAAGAAGAACAAGUCAGUCAUGUUCAGGGACUCCAGCUCUGACAGUAUGGAUACAGACAAGAGUGACCCGUCCAGCCCCCGACACAGCACAGACAAGCUGCACUCCUCCGGGUACCUCCACCUGGUGUCCUGUGGCUCGAAAACACUCAUGAUGCAGACCUGGGCGGACACAUCCACAGGCACACUCACUUUCAGGAUCUGUGUGGACCCAGAUGAUGGUAAGCAGCCUGGCACACUAACAGAGACCACCUGCCCCGGCAUGCUGGUGUGUGGACAGUGGCAGCAUCUCUGCCUGUCCUACUGUGAGACCAUGGAUGCAAAGAAUGUCUUUGGCACUGUUUGCCUGGUGGUUGACGGACACCUUGAACGGGAGGUGCUGCUGGAGUACACCCCGCCACCCAGCAAGAAGCAGAAACUGUCCUCCCAGGCUCCCAAGAUGCACUGCCUGCUGGGACACUGCACCCAGACUGACCACCCUGUCACAGGAACCUGGAGCACAGGCAACAUCAUGGUAUUCAAUGAUAUCCUUCAGCGUGACCAGGCAUUCCAGUUGUACAGCCUGGGUCCGGAUGCAGGGUGUCUGAGCCACUGCCGCUGUGCCUGGGAGCUUCAGAGUGUUCCCAGCCUCAUCACCAAGGAGUCGCUGCGAGCAGGGAUCCGGGCAGACCUGCUAACGGGGCAGAGGAGCCUGAACAUCAACCAGAUUAAGGAAAAUCUUGUUGCUGUGUAUAGUCCAAAGGCCCCAGCCACCUUCAACUACUACAGCAGCACGGCACCCCCCACCCGCUCCCUCACCAACCUCCUCACCAAGGACCCUCCGUCAAGAAAGACCAGCCUGGACCCCUUGAUGGAGACUCCUGCAGCUUUACCUGUUACUGCAGUAACAGAGCUGCAGACUCAGGUACACAGGGGUCUGCAGAAUGCUGUGCAUGAGGUGGGAGGAGUCGGAGUAUUCCUCUUCCUCUAUGCCAAGGUUGUGGAGCUGAGUGAGGAUGAAGAGACCCAGGCACAGGCCCUCCAUCUCCUGUUCCUGGUACAGCAGCACAACCAACGUCUGGCCAAGGAGUUCUCUGACAUGGAUGGGUGUCACCUGCUUGGGAGGGUGCUGCUGAAGGACAGGUGUAAAGUGGGCUUUCACACUCUAAAGGUCUUGCUUGAUGCUUGCUGUGACAGCAGCGUCAUGGAGGUCUCGGCUAAUGACACUUACAGCAUCAGUCCGGAGUCUGAUGCUAUAAUCCAAGACACCACGGUGGUGUCUGAGCUGCUGCUGGCCUGGAGGAUCUGGCAGAAUGCUGACGUGACUGUGUGGCAGGCACUUCUCACAGUGCUGGAGACCCUCAUCAGGGACAACCACCCGCACCAGAUGUUCAACAUCAGGCAGCUGCUGUCCAUCAACAUCGUGCACAAACUGCUGCAGACCCGCCAGGAGCAUCAAAGUGAAGACCUCCCUUCCCUCCCCCCUGCCAUCUGCCAGUCCUUUGUGUCUAUAGUGCAGUGCACCCUGGGAUGCCCUCCUGAUCUGAACCUGCUCACCGCAGUGUGUGACUUUCUUCUGGCGGUGCAUCCGGCCAUCAACACAUUCGUCUGCCAUGCUCCAUCAAGCUUCUACUUCACUCUCCACUCAGGAACUCACCAGCAGUACAUGCAGAAGUUGUUCCGGUCCCAGUCAGUGCUAGUGACAGGACAGGAGCGACCCUCGGCUGACCCCCUGUCCAGCAGCACCCCUCUACGUGCCCUGGACAAGAUCAAGAGGAACUCUCUCCACCAGGACAUCAUCCCUGAGGAGCAGACAGUCACAUCUGACUCAGACUCUGGACGCAAAGCCUACUCUGCUCAGCCAGCCACAUUGAAGAGGACUGGCAUCAUUCGCAGCUUGAGCAUGCCCAACUCACCUGCAGUGGUCAGGCGACGGAUCAGGAAGAGGCUGUCCUUUGAAGAAGGGGGUGUCAGCAAGGCAGCCAGGUCAGACUCAGACAGCUCAGACAGCAGCGGCAGGGGAACACAGGAGCUGGCCAACGGGAUCAUGUUCACACUCAGCUCUGACAUUGCCGAUGGACACCUUCGCGUGGGGAACUCACAGGAUGACAGGAGCAGACAUACGUAUGUCUCCUUUCCACUUGGCAGCUACGACAAGGAUGAGAAGAUCAGCACGGAGGGAUCAAACGUUUUGGAAAGCGGGGUGGACAUUGACACAGAGAACACGAGUAACGAGCCGGCUCUCUCGACUGUCGUGUCAAGACAGAGCACGCCGUCUGACCAGGACUCCAACCCUGAGGCUGACCAGGCCAUGCAGGAUGCCCUUAACGAACUUCCCUCUGGAGAGAUAAUAUCUGAUGAAGAUGAUCGGAGAAGUAGAAGUAUCUCUGAGUCAUCUUCAGGCUCGCUAGACGAGUGGGAGAACCUCCCCCACCCGAACUCGCCGCUGUCCCUGGCCCUGAACGCAGCGCUGCAGGACAGUGGACAGGAGAGCAGGCAGGUGCAGCAGGAGGACGGGGUGGCCAUGGUGUGCACCGGGCUGCUCAACCUCAUGUGUGGCGUGUUCGUCACCCUGCCUGACGCUAUGUUGGACCAGGUGAUGGGAAACAUCCUGAAGCCGGAGACGCUGGUGGUGCUGGCUCAUCACCACUCCUCCAGCAUCAGGACCGCCAUCAUCAAGUUGCUGGGGAUCUACUUCCAGAGGGCCAAAGAAGAGCAGUUCAAUGCCUUCAUGAAAGUGCGGGGCUUCUUCCUUCUGGCCAAUCAGCUGCAUCAGCACAGUGCCACACGGGAACUGGUGGAGGCCUGCCUGUCUGUCAUUGUGGGGAAACCUGUGGGGCUGGAUGAAGAUAUUGAUGUGAGCUGUGUACAGCAUAUGACAGGACUACAGCAGCACACGGUGGUGCCACUGCUUGCCCUGCUGGAGAACUGCAUCCAUGACACGGCAGUCUGCCACAACACGCUCUGCGUGCUCAUCCAGCUGUUUGAGAGCAGCGAAGUCAUGGCAGCCAUCAUGAUGGAGAAUGGACUAGUCUGGGCGCUCUGUAACGUCAUCUCUGCCAUGAACAGCCCACAGAUAAGCCUGCCCCGGGAUGACCUGCUGCUGCUGGUAGGGGAUGUGCAGCACUUCCUGGCCUGUGUGGUGGUGCGAGCCUGCAGCAUGACCGGUGUGCAGAACUUCCAGGUGCUGGAGGACAUGGUGACGCUGCUGGGCAGGGUGGAGGACAUGGAGAGGGACAGGCAGCCCGAGGGUUCCCAGUCAGUGGCAGUGGAGAGGGUGCGGAACAUUCAGUACCACCUCCUGCAGGCUGUUCUCAGCUACAUAGAGGGCGCUUUUAACGACACCCUGGAUGAGACGCUGGUCAGCAUUUCUCUCCCACAAGUAACAACAACCGAGCCUAACAACAGAGAACAGAUGGGCAGGAGGCAGAGCUAUCCACCAGGUUAUGGUGACAUCCAAUCCCCUCCCCUGUCUCCAACAAAUUCCCUGUCUCCUCCCGUCGCCUUCCCCCCACUCUACUCCCUGGAGAACAAUGACAGCAUGAACCUGUCUGAGUCAGGCAGCCUGCCGUCUGGCCUGCGCCAGGGGGAGGGAAAGUGUCUUAGCCUGGACAGCAAGCGUAGAUACUCCGCCCAAUCAGAGACAAUGGUUUUGUCCUUGAAGAGGAGGUCAUCGUUGGCGGAGACGCCUGUGCUCCAUGGCCGGGAGGGAAGCACGGUAACGGAGGGGGAGAUUGUGCAGAGGAUCCAAAGGGUGUGUGUGCUGGCAGUCAACCUGCUGUCCUUCUCAGAUCCAGGCCGAAAGGGGAGGGAUUCCGUACAUCGGGUGGAAUUUCUCGAGCCCAUGACCUCUGAGCUGUCCACCAUGCUGACCUCGGAGCGGGAGUUCACGCGGUCACUGUUCCAGCUGAUGCUGCGCGGCGUGGCCUCCACCCUGGAGAGCAGCCGUGGGGCGUCACGCCGGCGCUGGCAUCGCAUUAUGUGGUCGUCUCGGGACUGCAUGCGCGUGCAGCUGGGGCGACUCAUGGUCCACAUGAUGGGCCCACGGCAGCCCCUGGAGCAGAGGGUCUACGCACUGAAGGUCGUCCAUGAACCAAACAGCAAACAGAUCCUCAACACUGUUCUACACACCAAUCUGUCUCAUGGCCAGAAGGUGGUGGUGUACUUGUACUACCUGCUGUUCUACCAUAAGGACCAGUUGAAUGAGAAGGAGAGAACAGAUGGGAAGACCCUGAUGCGGCUGCUGGACCAGAUCAACUUCCAGCCCAUCCCACUGGGCGAGCUCAGCCCUGAGACACUGCAUAGUAUUGACGAGGAUCAGAAGUCCUGGGACAAAGAUGAGAUAAGUGCAAAAACCUCGUGGAGAAAAAGAAGAAUCACCAUCCAAAACAAGUUGAUAAAGAGCACAGGAGAGCUUGCGAAGCAGAUCUCGGGGUUUGCAAUGGAGGUGACGCAGGCAGUUGUCCUGUCUCAGAACAUGGAGAGGAAGAAGCUGCUGGAGCACAUGAAGGAGAGCAUGACACAGGACCUGAGUGUGCGCCGUGCCUGGCACGCUCUCAUACAGCAGCUCACACAUGAAAGGGCAGUGUGGUUCAACCCUGAGUCCCAGCCUUCCUCCUGGCAGCUGGAUCCCACCGAGGGCCCCUGUCGAGUCCGGCAGAGACUGCAGCGCUGUCAUCUCAACCUCAGCAACAAAUACUUCCUGCCUGAAGCUCAGAGAACUGAAGGUGACAGGGAGCCCAGUCAGCAGCUGUCCUAUCUGUUUGAAGACUCCAACCAAUCAGACGACUCCACUACUCUUAGACACAGACUGCACACUAACGAGGCAAUCAGAUACACCCACCGCUGCACGAAUGUUACUCCUUCCAAUGAGGCAACCGGAGAAAUCCUGAUUGGGGAGAACAGCGUGUACUUUGUUGGUGAUGAGCCCAUCUUGGAUCUCAACAGCACACAGUUCCUGCAGGGUGACCGAGAAGUCCUGUCCAUGUCCUGGCUGUAUGAGGACAUUAAGGAGGUUCACAAGCGCUGGUACCAGCUGAGGGACAACGCCCUGGAGAUCUUCCUCACCACUGGCAGGACCCUGCUGCUCGCCUUCGAAACACAAAAGGACAGAGACAUGGUCUGCCGACAGGUGCUUGCCAUGGACCUGCCCAAUCUGGUUGCCUACGACAACCUGCAGGCCAUCACACAGAUGUGGAAGAUUGGACAGAUGACAAACUUUGAGUACCUGACCCAUCUGAACAAACACUCGGGACGAUCCUUCAAUGAUCUGAUGCAGUACCCAGUCUUCCCCUUUGUGCUGGGGGACUACACCAGCGAUACUAUCAACCUCACCAACCCAAAGGUCUACAGGGAACUGGCAAAGCCUAUUGCAGUGCAAGACAAGAGUAGGGAACAGAGAUACAUUGACAACUAUGAGUGGUUGAGGAUGGAGCAUGAGAAGGGUGGAGAUGUUGAUGACCCCAUGCCACCGGUGGAGCCGUACCACUACGGUUCUCACUACUCCAACAGCGGCACUGUUCUCCACUUCCUGGUCAGACUGCCUCCCUUCACCACCAUGUUCCUCAACUACCAAGACCGUAACUUUGACAUCCCAGACAGAACCUUUCACUCCCUGCUCACCACCUGGAGGCUGUCCUCCUUUGAGUCCACCACGGAUGUGAAGGAGCUCAUCCCUGAGUUCUUCUUCCUGCCAGAGUUCCUCCUUAACUCUGAAGGUUUCAACUUCGGCCACCGCCAGUCUGGACACCUAGUGAAUGAUGUGGCCCUCCCCCCCUGGGCACAGUCCGACUCCCGCCUGUUUGUCCUGAUCCACCGCCAGGCACUGGAGUCAGACCUGGUCUCCAUGGCGAUCCACGCCUGGAUCGACCUAGUGUUCGGCUUUAAGCAGAAGGGAAAGGCAGCUGUGGAGGCCAUCAACGUCUUCCACCCAUCUACAUAUUUUGGGAUUGACACCUCCACCAUCGAGGACAAGGUACAGAGAAGGGCCACGGAGACGAUGAUCAAGACGUACGGACAGACUCCUCGGCAGCUUUUCAAGAGUCCCCACCCCCCCAGGCAGCAGGUCAGCGGCAGCUCAGAGGCUGAUGUGGCAGGGAUGGUGGGAGCAGCUGGCUUCCUCUUUAACUUCAAAGACAACAAGGAUACUGUGGUGGACAUCAAAUCAGUCAGGAGCCCACUGCCGCAGGUUGAAGGCCUGAAGUGGGGAAACUACGUGGGCUCUCCCGUGUGUCCGGCGCCUGCAGUGAGCUGGAGACAGGACCACGGGGCGGUGGUGUCGUCCCUGGUGGGGCUGCCGACAGGCGAGGUGUGCGGGCUGGCCCCCAACUUCUGUCUCCUGGUCAUGUACAGCAAGGAGAAAGGUGUGAGUGCCAUGAACCACACAGACAUCCUGUGGUCGGCCAUCCUGAGCUGGGGACAUCCUGAUGGCAUCAUGAGACUGAAGAGCCGACAGAGCGAGCCUGCCUCCAACUUCUUCCUCUGCCCUCCCAACGACCAGGUGACCUGUUGUGCAUCUGUAACUGACUGCCGACUGCUCUUUACUGGAGGAACGUCUGGUGUCGUGACUGCCUACCCCACCAGAUUCACUGGAAACAAGCCAUCAGAGUUUGAGAUAGUUGGCAGCAGAGUGUGCCUGUACGGUCACACAGGGCCAGUCAGCUGUCUGCAGGUGUGCCGACCCUACAGUAUCAUGGUCAGCGGCAGUCAGGACGGCACAGCUAUCAUCUGGGAUAUCAACAGAUUGUCCUAUGUGCAGUCUCUGAAUGGCCAUGAGGGUGGUGUGACUGCCGUGGCAGUGAGUGAGACAUCAGGUGACAUCGCCACCGUGUGCCACCCCUCUGCCACCACCAGUGAGCUGAGCUUGUGGACAAUCAACGCCCGACCGGUGGGGUCAGUCCGGUGCCCGUCCUCCAUCCACUGUGUGACAUUCUCCAAUGCCCCAGAGGGGAUUUCUGUGAAUGUGGUGGCAGCCGGUCUGCAGGAUGGAUCAGUCAGGCUGUGGAGUACAUGGGACCUGAGCCUUGUGAGGGACAUCACACUGGAACAGUUCAGCAAACCUAUCAUCAGCUUAACAUUUACCCAUGAUGCUCAGCACCUGUACGUCUCCACAAUCGAUGGGACAGUAUUUGCUUUGUGCAAGAAGGACCAGACAAAGAACAAGCGACCCCUGUUCAUCCCCUUUUUGAGCUGAUCAGAGACGACAAAGUUGACUUCUCAAGAACAGACAUGGCAUCUUUCACUUCAGCAGAUUCUCUUCUGACCACUUCUGAGCUUCAAGGUCAGCAACGUACCUUAACCUACAAGUGAAUUUGGUACAGUGUGGUGCAGACAAGGGACACUAAAUUUUACUGCAUUGUAUUGUUUUUCAACCUCCUUGGUGGAACCUACCCGUUCUCCAGUAUAUUGACCAGGUUUUGUGUACGGUUGUCAGGGGCAACAUGGUUGAUGUCGCCUUGUAGGGAUGCUCCAAUGUGAGGACAAAGAGGAGAGAAACCCACUGCAUGUGGUAACAAUGUUACUGAUGACCAUGCAGUAUAAUUAUACAUUAUUUUAGCUGUACAAGCUUCAGAAGUAAUAAAAGGUAUCCUAGAGCUUGUUUAUUACAAAAUACAAUGUUCUGUGAUGUCCUUCAUGUAGUAAGAAGUUACAGGAGAUGAGGCCACAUCAGUUUGAUCUUGCCUUGAAGAUUAAUAAUUUGUUCACUGCCAUUUAUUAAAUUUAUUCUGUAAGGAAGAUAUCAUUACUAUAUAGUACUGUUUAUUCUUUUGCUCCCAAAUAAUGAUUUGUGUUGUUGCUAAGAUACGUUCCAGCUGCGAAAAUCUAUAGCAUGCAUUUUUAUAAGUGCCUUUGCAAUUUUUGUGCUUUGUUUCAAUACAAUGUACCCGGUUCGUAUUGCUUAAGUCAUGUAUCUGAGAUUAUGUUUCUAAGAUGUUAUUGGUAGCUACUGCAAUGUAUAUUGUUAUAUGUGAGAAGACUUACUUGUGGAAGCAGUGAAAGGAAAAAUAAAACACUGCUGCACUUAGAAAUUGAUAUGAAUUGUAAAAGGCACUCAUUAUGGCAGCUUUUUAUGUACUACUCAAAACAGAAGGAAUUCUGAUUAAGUGCCAGUAUUCAAAAUUAUGUUAACAUUUUUUUGUGAUUUCAUAUGUUGAUGCUACUCAUAUGCAGUAAAGGCUUCAUCAUAAUGGCUAAUAUAUUUAAGUAGGAAUUGUACCCAUCCUUAUUGUAUUUUCAGAAUGUUAUAUGGUACGUGUAUGUUCAACGAUGGGACCACCAUUUGUGCUUGUCCUAGUAAGAAGUGAGCAAUAACAUGGUUACGCUUUUAUUUGUGUGGAAGAAGGAAGGACUGAAAUGGUACCAACCAAAAGUGACAAAUUAUCUUUAAUAUCAAUUGCUUCUAUUAACUGUGCAAUAUUUGUAUAUGAUGAUCAAGAGAAGCCAAAGACAGUGUUACUGACCAACGGAUGAUUCUGCUAUCACUUGGCAAGAACGAGACAUUAAACAUGCCAUGCUGUAUGUAUAUACCUAUAUAUAUAUAUACAUGAGCCAAACUAUGCCUUUCCAAUAACACUGGAUGUAAAUCAACAGGUAGUAGAAUGUCUAUUUUCAUAUGAAUUGAGCAGCAGCAUCCCUCCUAUGAGGCUCUAGUAUGCGUCAGUGCUACUCCAAGUUGUCCUGUACAUACCAUGUCAAUACCUUGUACAUAUAUAUACUAAGUACAUGUAUAUUGCUUCAAAUUCAAUAAAGCAUAAUCUCAAAA